AUGACCCAAUUUCUGGUCUGCUUUGGGACCCAUGUUUUGAGUCUGUCUGCUUCUCUAUUCGAAGGCGCUAUUGCAAGUGAUGAGUUGAAAUCCAAGUAUGCAGCCCAGGACGGUGACCGUGGACUGCUGGUGGCCGCCCCUGCGCCCUUGGGCGCCGAUUUGGCCGAAACUCCAGCGGUGAAGUCCGUGGCUUCCAACGGCCCUUCUUGGGAAGAGUUGAAGGCCAAAGAGAAGAAAAAGGAGUUCAUGCAGUCGCAAUUGUUUAUUGAUGGCUGCUACACUCCCCUGGCCAUCGAACGGCUUUGCGAAGAAAUCGCUGAUAGCGGAGGUGUGGACCUACUGCUGACUUCAGAGUGGCCGAAGGGUGUGAUGUCCACUCUCAAGGAUGCAUGGCCAGAGGAGGCAGAGGUCAGAAAGCUUGCCAAAGGUGCAGCUCGACAAUGCUCCAGCGCUGCGGUCGCUGAGCUGGCAGUGGCAGCAGAGCCGAAGUACCACGCAGUGGGUCUUGGUGGUGUCUUUUGGCGUCGCCAACCCUGGCGCCACGAACGACGUGGAGAGGUCGAAGCUUCGACCGGCUUGCUGAAGUGUGGUGUAUGCCGCAUGAUCACCCUAGGUGCUGUUGAUGGCAGCCGCCCGGGCGUCAAAGAUAUGCCCAGCGCUAAAUACAGUUACAAGAAGCCUGAGGAGGAGGUGGCCCCGAAGCCACAAAAAUGGCUCCAUGGAUUGGAGUUGGAUCCAAAGGCUAUGCCCUCAGAUGCUGAUGGUGCCACGCCCAACCCGUGGACGCAGAAAGAGGUCCCUAAAGUGGAUCCAAAUCUGCCACCUGAACGACCAGACUUUUCUGGAAUGGACAAAGAAGAAAAGCGACGAUGGAUGCAUCGCUUUGGCAUCAAGCCUGAUGAGAUGCUAUCUGCUUCUGACAAGAUUCAAAAGGAAAAUGAACCAAAGCAGAAGAAGGAGAAACACAAGUCUUUGUACAAAGUGAGUGAGAAGGAGAAGAAGAGGAGGAAGACUGGCACUGACAGCCACCUGCCCUUCAGUGCACGUGAGCGUAUGCAAGCGGGCCGUGGAUAG